AUGCCCGUGUGGUGCUGCCGCUGCUCCCUGGCCGGGCAUUUCAGAAACUAUGGUGACUCUGAAACCGAAGGAGAGAUUUAUAAUUCCUUAGUUCAAUAUUUUGGUGAUAAUUUGGGACAAAAAGUUAAAGCGAUGCCCUUAGUUGAAGAAACUUCUUUACUUGAAGAUUCAGUGACUUUGCCUGUGGUUGUAAUAGGAAAUGGACCCUCAGGGAUCUGCCUUUCUUAUAUGUUAUCAGGCUACCGCCCAUAUUUAUCAUCAGAAACAAUACAUCCAAAUACAAUCUUACAGAGUAAGCUACAGGAAGCAAGACAUCUUUCCCUUGUUGAUCAGGAUUUAGAAUACUUGUCUGAGGGCCUUGAAGGCCGGUCAACCAAUCCAGUUGCAGUACUCUUUGACACACUCCUUCAUCCAGAUGCUGACUUUGGGAAGGAUUAUCCAUCUGUUUUGCAUUGGAAAUUAGAACAACAUCAUUAUAUCCCUCACUUAGUUCUUGGUAAAGGCCCACCUGGUGGAGCUUGGCAUAAUAUGGAAGGCUCCAUGUUGACAAUCAGCUUUGGAAAUUGGAUGGAGCUCCCUGGACUUAAAUUUAAAGACUGGGUGACUAGCAAACGAAGGAACCUAAAAGGGGAUCGAGUUAUGCCAGAGGAAGUAGCUCGUUACUAUAAACAUUAUGUGAAAGUCAUGGGCCUUCAGAAGAACUUCAGAGAGAACACUUACAUCACCUCUGUGUCAAGACUCUACAGAGCCCGGGAGGAGGAUGGUGGUCAGGAGGGAGCGAUUCCAGCACAGCAUUUGCAGAUGGAGAAGUCCAAGUUUAUCAAGAGAAACUGGGAGGUCCGGGGCUACCAGCGAGUAGCAGGUGGUUCCCAUGUUCCCUUCGCUCUCUUUGCUGAGAAUGUCGUCCUGGCCACGGGGACACUGGACUCUCCUGCCCGCCUGGAGGUGGAAGGGGAAGACCUCCCUUUUGUGUUUCACUCGCUGCCGGAGUUUGGAGCGGCUGUCAGCAAAGGGAAGUUGCGGGGCAAAGUGGACCCAGUGUUAAUUGUAGGCUCUGGGCUCACUGCAGCCGAUGCAGUCCUGUGUGCUUACAAUAACAACAUCCCUGUGAUUCAUGCAUUUCGCAGACGAGUAACUGAUCCAAGUUUAAUUUUCAAGCAGCUUCCUAAAAAGCUGUAUCCAGAAUACCACAAGGUCUAUCACAUGAUGUGUACGCAGUCACCUGCAGACUCCAGCCCUUUACCCGGUUACACCAGUUUUCCUGAGCACCGUGUGCUCUCCUUUAAGUCGGACAUGAAGUGCAUCCUUCAGAGCGCCUCUGGAUUGAAGACCAUAUUUAAACUUUCUGCAGCAGUAGUGCUGAUAGGUUCUCAUCCCAAUCUGUCUUUUUUGAAAGAGGAAGGCUGUUACCUGGGCCAUAACUCGGGCUGCCCGAUCACUUGUAAGGGCAAUCCUGUGGAGAUAGAUGCGUACACCUAUGAGUGUGUGAAAGAAGCCCAUCUUUUUGCACUGGGUCCUUUAGUUGGAGAUAAUUUCGUUCGAUUUUUAAAGGGAGGGGCACUGGGUAUUACACACUGUUUAGCAACAAGACAGAAAAAAAAGCAUUUAUUUGUUGAAAGAGGAGGAGGAGAUGGGGUAGCUUGA